AUGGUGUCCUUCAAGACAAUCCUCACCCUCUCCCUGAUUGGCGCUGCAUUUGCAACUCCCAUUGAACAGCCAGCUGCAGAGCCCGUUGAAGGCUCUGACGCAGUUGCAAAUUCCACUGACCCAACCGCAGGCGCCAUUGAAGGGCGCGACGUGCUUUACGUCCAAUGCCAUAACGUGGCUCUCCCGCCUGCCGCGCAGAUAAUCGAGGUUGCAAACGCUCAAUGGCAGCUUGGCCACGCUCCGAUCGAGACCGGCAAGUCUGGCUACCCUCACGACUUCCUGAACCUGCAGCACUUCCAGUUCCCUAAGGGCUGCAAAAACAAGAAACUCCGCGAGUACCCGCUCUUCCAGCGGCACCAUAAAAAGUACGACUAUGACUCUCGCCCCAAACAGGACCCAGGCCCCUUCCGCGUCAUUGCUACUAAGGACACCCGACUUUACUGCGGCAUCAUCUCUCAUGAUGGAAUGGGUCACAAUCCAAACGCUGGACUCUUCCAUCUCUGCAAGUAG